AUGGCAUCUAAAAUCCAAGCCAUUCUUGCCUUGGACUUUGGUACGACCUAUUCCGGUGUGGCAUGGGCUCAAGUAUCCAAUGGGCCUUUUUCUCACUUCUUUUCCACCGAGCCUGAAUCUCAUUACCUUAUCAACGAAUGGCCGGUCACUGUGUCCGGUUCCAUUGGAGGCAUGACCAGUGAGAAAGUGCCCACCGAGAUAGCAUUCACCUAUGAAAGAGGCUCACCAAACCCGAUUUGGGGCUUUCAAAUCCCCGAGGUCAUGCCCCGUCUCCAAUGGUUCAAGCUCGGAUUGGAUCCUGACCAAAAGGCUCACGUCAUGCCCGCCCUGGCUAUCAACCACAAGGACUGGCGGAAAAUGGAUUAUCCUCAUCAUGCAACGCCAGAGACUGUGACUACGGAUUAUCUUCGUGCAUUGUCUAAUCAUGUAAAGACUGUUCUGAAGGCACAGCUGGGGGCGGCAUUCGAUUCAAUGUCCUUUAGCUAUAUCAUUACUGUGCCGGCAAUGUGGUCUGAGAAAGCCAAGGCGGAGCUUAGACGAUGUGCAGGAAAUGCCGGACUUGGGGACUAUUCAAGCAUUAACGUCGUCUCCGAGCCGGAGGCUGCAGCUAUUCAUGCCCUCCGAGCAAGUAACCCAACCAACCUCAAAAAGGGUGACACCGUGCUUCUGAUUGACGCAGGAGGGGGCACGGUCGACAUGAUCACUUUCAAAAUCCAGCAGCUUUCACCCACUUUGAAACUCCGCGAAGCAGCUGCUGGCACCGGUGCAUACUGCGGAAGCACGUAUCUCAACAGGCGGUUUGAGGAUUUUCUUCGGGAAAGACUGGAGAAUUGCCCUUCUUGGGACAAGGACACCCUCGAGCAGGCCAUGAUGCGAUUCGAAGCAUGCGCCAAGCGAAGCUUUACUGGUGGCACUGCCGACGAUUUUUUCUUUCCAGUUCCCGGAAUUCCUGAAGACAAAGAUCUUCACGUUCGACAGGGCUUGCUACGUGUCUCAGGGGAAGAAAUGCGUGACAUCUUCGUCCCGGUACUCGAUAUGAUCGUGCAGCUUGCAUUACAACAAUUUCAAUCAUCCAAAAGACCCGUCACGACUGUGCUCAUUGUUGGUGGAUUUGGGCAGAAUCAAUUCCUUCGACUUUAUCUCCGUGAUAAUGUCCCCUCUAGUGCGACAGUUCUCGCUCCUCCUGACGGCUGGACCGCUGUGGUCAGAGGGGCCCUGGCAAAGAUGCUCUCCAAUCUCUCCUCGCUGGCUCCUCAGGUCAGCAUAGAUACUCGUAUUGCACGCAAAUAUUACGGCUUCGAGAUAAGGGUUCCCUUCAACCCUGUUGUGCACGACGAGAGCCGAAAGUAUAUGGAUGCGUUCUACGGCAAAUACUACAUCAAUGUGAUGCAUUGGUUUAUUUGCAAGGGGGACGAGAUUGAUGAGACGAGGCCCAUCAUAACUAAAUGGUCCAUGCAACAACUCAAAUCAGAGGGUAGACCAAAGGACUACUGUAAAGAGUUCUAUGAAUACGAUGGUCCUGAUGAUGUUCAGGUGCCUCUCUACUUCAGCGACGACAUGCAGCUGCAUGCCAGGCUUGAUGCAACCUUUAUUCCGGAAAUCCGUCGCGAAAUUCCCAUUCAGCGUGGUCAAGACGGGAAUGACUAUUAUGUGACGAAAUUCCAGUACCAUGCACACUACUUCUCGGCACAUUGUGAGGUCUCUCUGUGGUUCCAGGGACAGCACCAUGGCGCCGUUCAAAUCACUUAUAUUUGA